GCGUUCUGCUCCUCUCACUGCUCUGACUGGGCGAGUGGAAGGGAAAAUCAGACUAGAAACUCAGCACUCUGUGCCACACUGGGAGUGCCUUUAGGAGAGUGAGACAGAGAGGGAGCGGGUUAGAGAGGUGGGGGUUGUUUGCAGGAAGAGGAGGUCAGUCAAGCAGUGGUUGCAAGGAAGAGGUAGAGAGCAGUUUUUAGCCCUCUUGAAUAUUUCAUAAGGUAGAUCCUCCAACAUCAGGCUACCUGGAUGGACUGAGAGAAAGAGUUUGUAAUUGGGUCGGCAUUUAGCUGGCAUCAGGACCAGGGGGGAGAUGGGAGAGCGGCGCAGUUGAGAAGAGGAAUUUUUCUUGAGUGACCCUGCCGUGUAGCCUCAGAUAAAGAAAAGAUCUGCAGGAAGACACCGGGGAUGAACCAAAACAAAAGGGAAAGACAGAGGGCUCAACUGCUGGCUGGCUAAUCCUUAAACCUGUCAGAAACAGGAAACACAAGGAAUCAAGUUCACAUGAAAGGCAGAUUGCUCAGAAUCUGACAGGAAUUACAGUCUGUCAAACGGGAGCCAACAGCAUCCUGCAGGUAUGUCGUCCAACGAGCUGAGCGUGGAGAUGGACUCCUGCAUACGGACGUUCAAGGAGCACAUGCACCUGGAGCUGGAACCACCGAAGAUGCCGGGUGUGGUGGGAGGCAAGAGGGGAGCGACGUCUCCCAAACUAUCCCCGAGAAGCUCCCCACGGCUCUUCCGCAAGCUGAUGGUGAAUAAGAGCAUCCGACAGAGGCGGCGCUUCACCGUGGCUCACACCUGCUUUGAUGUGGAGAAUGGCCCGUCUACAGGCUGCAGCCCUCUGGACCCCCAGGCUUCUCCAGGCUCAGGUCUGGUCCUCCACACCAAUUUCCCAGGACAUAACCAGCGCCGGGAGUCCUUCCUCUAUCGCUCUGACAGCGACUAUGAGCUUUCCCCCAAGUCCAUGUCACGAAACUCCUCCAUCGCCUCUGAACUACAUGGUGAUGACCUGAUUGUGACUCCAUUUGCUCAGGUUUUGGCCAGCCUUCGAAGUGUUAGGAAUAACUUCACGGUUCUGACUAAUGUCCAGUGUGCCUCAAGCAAGAGGUCUCCAGCUGCAACAGCUCAGCCUCCCAUCACCAGAGUUUGUCUGCCAGAUGAGGCGUACCAGAAGCUGGCUAUGGAAACGAUGGAGGAGCUGGACUGGUGUCUUGACCAGCUGGAGACCAUCCAGACCUACCGGUCUGUCAGCGACAUGGCCUCCAAUAAGUUUAAGAGAAUGUUGAAUCGGGAGCUGACGCACCUAUCCGAGAUGAGUCGGUCCGGGAAUCAGGUUUCCGAAUUCAUCUCCAACACCUUCCUAGACAAGCAGAAUGAGGUGGAGAUCCCGUCGCCGACAUCCAAGAUGCGAGAAAAAAAGAAGCAGCAGAAACAGCAGCUGAUGACACAGAUCAGCGGAGUCAAGAAGGUUUCCCAUGGAUCGUCGCUGUCCAACAGCAGCAUAUCGCGCUUCGGCGUCAAGACGGAUAAAGAGGAGCAGCUGUCGAAGGAGCUGGAGGACCUGAACAAAUGGGGUCUAAACAUUUUCACCGUGUCCGAGUACUCCAACCACCGACCUCUGACCUGCAUAAUGUAUGCUAUAUUCCAGGAGCGUGAUUUGUUAAAGACUUUCAAGAUUCCGGCUGAUACUUUCGUGGCAUACAUGAUGACACUGGAGGAUCAUUACCAUGCUGAUGUGGCUUACCAUAACAGUCUACAUGCUGCUGACGUAGCCCAGUCAACGCACAUCCUUCUCUCCACACCCGCCCUGGAUGCGGUCUUCACAGAUCUUGAGAUCCUAGCGGCCAUCUUUGCUGCUGCAAUCCAUGAUGUUGAUCAUCCUGGAGUAUCAAACCAAUUUCUAAUCAAUACCAAUUCUGAGCUGGCGCUGAUGUACAACGACGAGUCUGUGCUGGAGAACCAUCAUUUAGCUGUGGGCUUCAAGCUGCUACAGGAAGACAACUGUGACAUCUUCCAGAACCUCAAAAAGAAGGAGAGACAGUCCCUCCGCAAGAUGGUUAUCGACAUGGUUUUGGCUACUGACAUGUCCAAACACAUGAGUCUGUUGGCCGACCUGAAGACUAUGGUUGAAACCAAGAAGGUGACCAGCUCCGGAGUGCUGCUGCUAGACAAUUACACAGACAGGAUACAGGUGCUGCGUAACAUGGUGCACUGUGCCGAUCUGAGCAAUCCCACAAAGUCUUUGGAGCUGUAUCGUCAGUGGACUGACCGCAUUAUGGAGGAGUUCUUCCACCAAGGGGACAGAGAGAGGGAGCGGGGGAUGGAGAUCAGCCCCAUGUGUGAUAAGCACACAGCAUCUGUGGAGAAGAGUCAGGUGGGUUUUAUUGACUACAUCGUUCACCCCCUGUGGGAGACCUGGGCGGACUUGGUUCACCCCGAUGCUCAGGACAUUCUGGACACAUUAGAAGACAACAGAAACUGGUACCAGAGCAUGAUUCCCCAAAGUCCCUCCCCACCCUUUUAUGACCAGGGUACGCAUGGACACAGCGGAGGAGGACAAGGAGGAGGGGAGAAAUUUCAAUUUGACUUGACGUUGGAGGAGGAAGACUUAGACGGGAUGGAAAAAGACGGUGACGGGGAGGAUGAGGAAGGAGAAGAUGAAGAAAUAGAGGUGGAGGAUAGUCUCCCGAAUUCCCGUUCCCCUCCUACGGACUUUUUGGACAGUCAGGCUGAAGAAGAAGAAGACAUCACGAUUGAGCCUAUGACGGCGAUAGAGAUCGUGACGCACGAAGCCUCACCCACAGACACAUAGGGCUUCCAGCAACAUGCUGUGAUGGUGAUUUGAAAGUUUUUAGAAAAGAGGUGGUUACCCUCUUGGAGCUGUUGCUUUUUAAGAAGCCCGCAGAAGCGAGGGCUUAGUUUUGGCCCGCUGAGGGGCAACUUGCACUUGGGUGUUUGAAGCCAGACACAGAUGGACAGUUUCACAGAGGUGGCUUCAGAGUUCUCAGGAAUUACUUGCUGCGAACAUUUUAGUCUCGAUGGACGAAAGUGGAACUUGAAGGAUUUCAGCCAGUUUGAAAAAUGGCUCCUUUUCUUUUCUGGACUUGCAUUACAUGGACAAUGACACUACUGAGAGAAGUUUUGUACCUUAAAAUGUUUUGUUUUUUUGUCUUUUUUUUACAGAUAUAAGAUCUUGAAGUAGCAUAGAGUAAGAUCUACUGAUGGAGACACAUUUGUAUAGAAAGAGAAAGUGUUUACUUAUUUCUGUACCAUUUGUCUAAGGACUUUUUGUGUGCCUUUUUUACAACUGUCUUUAUAAUAGUUUUUUAUUUAUUAAACACACUAGUGUUUGUGAAA